GCACUGUGAGUGCGGAGGACAGUGAGCUGCGGGGUGUAGUUGCUGGGCUAUGGCGCGUACAAAGCAGACGGCGCGGAAGUCGACGGGCGGCAAGGCGCCCCGCAAGCAGCUGGCCACCAAGGCUGCCCGCAAGAGCGCGCCGGCCACGGGCGGCGUCAAGAAGCCGCACCGCUACCGGCCCGGCACGGUGGCGCUGCGCGAGAUCCGGCGCUACCAGAAGUCCACGGAGCUGCUGAUCCGCAAGCUGCCCUUCCAGCGCCUGGUGCGCGAGAUCGCGCAGGACUUCAAGACCGACCUGCGCUUCCAGAGCUCGGCCGUCAUGGCGCUGCAGGAGGCCAGCGAGGCCUACCUGGUGGGGCUCUUCGAGGACACCAACCUGUGCGCCAUCCACGCCAAGCGCGUCACCAUCAUGCCCAAGGACAUCCAGCUGGCCCGCCGCAUCCGCGGAGAGCGCGCUUAAGUCUCCCUAUCGCAGCCGGGCCGUGAGGCAACCCACGCAGACCCAAAGGCUCUUUUAAGAGCCACUACAUACACAGUUAAAAGAGCUGUUGCGCUAUCGUAAAUUCGGUUUUAGUAGUUAGGGGAGGAGGAAGCUUUCAUGGUUUGGGGCGCGUCUUUGCAUAAAGAACUUUGAGUUCUUUUAAAAGCUGCUCUAUGAUAUAGAGAACAAGCUGUUAAAGUUUACUUAAAUAAUAUUUCGGGGCUCGAUAGUUAAACUGCUAAUGAGCCCCGUGAAAAUUUCUAACUCUGCUGGAGCCCUGUAAGCUUUUUAGCUGCAUAUUUUUUUCUUCUGGGACAGCUGUCGUCAGAGUCAUUUCUAUACUCGCCCCUCCCACCUUUAAGUUAUGUCGUCAGUUACAGAGAUGUUAACUCCGUUCUACUUUAGACUCUGCUUUCCCCCCUUAAACUACCGUAUUUUCACAUUUCCUCCCUUUGUUUUUCUGGCCCUUCCCCGCUGUUCGUAAAACGCGUUUCUCUGUAAAUACUCGGGAACGAAUUGUAUAUCAAUUUUGGAAUUGUGUGGGGUUUUAUGAAAGAAUUUUCUAAAAUGAAGGAGCACUAUAAAACGCGAAUCAGAAAAACAUAACAGAUCUCGGGUUCGUAAAAAUCUAACGUUACAAUAAAAACGGAAAAAAAAAAAAA